AUGCAGGAGGAGAAGAAGAACAAGAAGAAGACGUCGAAGAAGCAAGGCAAUCAAGUUUUCCUGGAUACAGGAGGGCGACGGCCGAUUUUCCUGAACACGACAUAUAUGCACAUGAGCAGAGACGGAUGCUUUGUCGAUGACGAAGACGUCGAGCAGGAAGUGGUGCCAAAGCCGGCGACGCGGUGGCCGGACGACAGCUAUGGACCGUUGAUGGGCUGGAGGCUCGGUGCAGAAACGCAGCUGUCGUGCAGGGAGGCGUAUCUGCUCGACUACUUCACUUCCUUCAUCUGCCCGAACUGCUCGCUCAGCCCGACGCACAACCCGUACCUGCGAUACAUCACCCCGAUGGCGCGAUGCUACGCACCGCUGCAACAGGUGAUCCUGUCGGUAGCCGCCAACCAGCUGCGGCUCCUGAACGACCACAGGUACGAGCGCGAGGCAUGGCUGUACAAGGCGCGCGCCAUGAGCGGGCUCCGCGCCAGCAUGGACGCCGGCGCCGUGGGAUGGCCGUUCGUCGCCACCGUCCUGAUGCUCUGCUUCUACGACAUCUCCGACGGCUGCGACGAGUCGUGGCUCACCCACCUCAAGGGCGGGCUCGGCGUGCUCCAGCACAUGCAGGGCGCGGCCGUGUCCCAGCACACCGAAGGCGCCGCCCUGGCCAAGUUCUUCACCAUGUACUUCACAGCCCACCAGAUCAUGAGCACCACCGCCCGCGAGACGGACCCCGCCAUGCCCGCUCACACCUGGCUCGACGACGACUGCAUGGACGAGAUAGACGCGCUGAUGGGCUGCUCGCGCGGCCUCCUGAGCCUGAUCGACCAGACCUCAGCAGCAGCCUCGCGCUACUCAGCAACGCGACGAACCCGCGCCGCCGCCUCCUUCUCCUCCUCCGAGCUCACCGAAAUCCGACUCGUACAUCGUCCACCCUCGUCGUCCUCGUAG